UGACGUAAACAUGCCGUAAAUUAGUGUGGAAUUGUCGUGCAAAUGCCCCUGAAUUUUGGACGGUGAAUCCCUUUCGGUCUCUCUGUGCGACUUUAGCUGAAAUCAGAAACAUGCCGGCUAAAGGUCCUUUGCAGUCUGUCCAGGUUUUCGGACGUAAAAAAACAGCCACUGCCGUCGCUCACUGCAAGAGGGGCAAUGGUCUCAUCAAAGUUAACGGCCGUCCUCUGGAGAUGAUCGAGCCGGCCACUCUGCAGUACAAGCUACUGGAGCCAGUUCUGCUGUUGGGCAAGGAGCGCUUCGCUGGAGUGGAUAUCCGCGUGCGAGUGAAGGGGGGCGGACACGUCGCCCAGAUCUACGCUAUCCGUCAGGCGAUCUCCAAAUCCCUGGUUGCCUACUACCAGAAAUACGUGGACGAGGCCUCUAAGAAGGAGAUCAAAGACAUCCUGAUCCAGUACGACAGGACCCUGCUGGUGGCCGAUCCUCGCCGCUGCGAGUCCAAGAAGUUCGGUGGCCCCGGGGCCCGCGCGCGCUACCAGAAGUCUUACCGUUAAUCUGUACAUUUUCAUACAAUAAAUGCGAUUCGACUA